AUGAUCCCCGAAAAGCGCUUGCUCACCCAAGGUGAUAUUGAAAUAUGGACACGUUCUUCAGUUCGCAAAAGUCUUCUCGGAUUCAUCGUUGAACUAGCAGAGUCGAUUAAAGGGCUAGAAAAUGACAAUCUUCACGAGCCCAUAGAGCAGCCUGUGGAGCACUGCUCGCGUUUGCUCGACGAAAUAAGUGCAAUGAUUGAGAAAUAUCCUGUAGAGGAAGAUGCAGCCACGUCAAGAUUUGGCAAAAUCGAAUUCAGAUAUUUCUAUAGUGAGCUGAAGUCCAAAUCGCAAGAGCUGAUAUUACAAAGAUUCGAAACUUUAAGUACAGCACAAGCAGAGGAGCUUGCAGUGUAUUUAACAGAGUCAUGGGGUGAUUGUAACCGGAUUGACUACGGUUCAGGACAUGAGCUUAAUUUUAUGUGUUUUCUGUACGGACUGCGAGAGUAUGGCGUGUUAGAGAAGAGUUACGACAGAAACAUUGUGUUGAAAGUGUUUGCACAAUAUCUUGAUAUUAUGAGGUUACUCGAAACUAAAUACUGGCUUGAACCGGCCGGAUCUCACGGGGUAUGGGGUCUCGAUGAUUACCAUUUUAUACCUUUUUUAUUUGGCGCGUUCCAACUGUCUACACAUAAGCAUUUGAAGCCCAAAUCUAUUCACAACGAAGAGGUCGUCGAAAUGUUUGCCAAGAAAUAUCUCUAUUUUGGCUGCAUAGACUUCAUCAACAAAGUAAAGACUACGGCUUCUUUAAGAUGGCAUUCUCCAAUGCUAGAUGAUAUUAGCGGCGUCAAGUCAUGGGCUAAAGUGGCUGAGGGUAUGGUGAAAAUGUAUGAAGUUGAGGUUUUGGGAAAAUUACCCAUUAUGCAGCAUUUUUUCUUUGGAUCUUUUUUGCAAUGCCCUGAGGGGGUGUCCCCGUCUGGUACAGAAGUGGGCGCUCAUGAUCAAGGUUGUAAGCACAGCCCUCUACAGAACACUUGGGGGGAUUGUUGUGGUAUCAGAGUUCCUAGCGCCGUAGCUGCCACAGGCAGUCAAAAAAGUGGAGCCAAAAGAUUACCGUUCGAUUAA